AUGGACGUCACGAGACCCAUCACAUCGAGCAUAGGCUCCACAUCGUUUUGCUUCUUGACUACGCAAGAGAUCAGAGCGCUGUCCGAAAAGGCCAUCGUCAAUCCCGUCCUGCUCGACACCACCGGUCUGCCCACAGCUGGAGGAUUGUACGAUCCCGCAUUGGGUCCAAUGGAGCGCAGCGCCAUGUGAGUCGGCUUUCGCCCUGCGCUUCGUCGAUUCGCCUUUGCUCAGGCUAAUGCCGCGCAAGUUGCCCACCCCCAUCCACAGCUGUCAGACGUGUCAUCAGAGUUCCUUCAAAUGCCCAGGCCACUUUGGUCACAUUGAGCUGCCAGCACCCGUCUUCCAUCCCCUCUUCAUGUCGCACAUGUUCAAUCUGCUGCGAGGCUGCUGUCUCUUUUGUCAUCGCUUCAAAAUCAACGCAUUCACCCGCAUCCUCUUCGUCGCCCGCUUGCAGGUGCUCGAGUACGGUCUAGUGGCCCUGUCAGACGAGCUGGCGGGAGAGACGCUGCAGCGGCAGCCUUCUCUGGUCGGCAGCGGAGAUGCGGGUGGAUCUUCUGCCGACGUGGCCGACCUGCACAUGGAAGACGGCGAUGGGCAAAUCGAGACGAGGGCUGGGGCGGGACAACCACCAGAAACACUGGAAGAGUUUGAGCAGAGGAUACACUUGCGCGUCUUUACCGCCAUCGAGCAGGCCAUCAAAGAGGGCAGGAGGAGGGGCAAGUGCAAUGAUGGUGCGACGUAUGCUGCUCGCAAACUGCUCACCUCGUCCUUUAUGAAGGAGAUUCUCCUCAAAAAAUCCUGCCCGAGAUGCAAAGCGUGAGUCUGCAGCAUACAUUUUGCGUCAUUGUCGGCAGCCAGUCGCUCACUGUUUUUUCCGUUGUGCAGGUUCAAUCCUACGCUGCGAAAAGACUCUUUCAUCAAAAUCGUAGAAAGGGAGCUCUCGGAACGGGAAAAGGCGAUCCACUCUGCAAGCGGAAUCGUUCGUCCCGACGCUGUGCGAAGGGCGGCCAUCCGCUUGGCUCAUCGGCAAGGCAAGGGCAGGCCUGGUGCAAAUGGGAGGCGGAGCGGCAAUGACGACGACGCAAUGAAUGUGGACUACCGACAAGGCGAUUCCGGCGCUGCAGACAGGCGAAAAGACUUGCAAGACGCGCGAAAGAAGAGCAAGCUGGCAAGCGACGCCACCCGAGUCAUGCCACCGAUCGAGUGCCGCGCAAAUCUGCAACUGCUCUUCUUCAGUGAGCCGCAGCUGUGCUCGUUGCUUUUCGGCCGGCAUGGCCCCUUCGAAGGCGGUGCUGCACCAGGCACCCAGAUCGCAGGCGGCGGAAAUCGCAACGCAGUCUUUGACAAUGGCGCAUCUGCCGACGUCUUUUUCAUGGACGUGGUCGCCGUAGCGCCGACUCGCUUCAGACCAGCCAGCAAAAUGGGCGACGUCGUGCACGAGAAUCCUCAAAACGCCCUGCUCAGCAAAAUCCUCCAAACAAGCUUCGCGGUGCGGGACAAUUCUGCAGCCCUAUCGCAGCUGUACGAAAAGGGGCCAGAAGAGCUCGAGCGGGGCGGAGACGAGGUGUUGCGCGCAAAGGACGCCCAAAGGGACUGGAGGACGAGGGCAAAUGCAGCCAGCGAUGCUCUCAUGGGCAGCGUGCUCCAAUUACAGGUCGACGUCAAUAGCUUCAUCGACUCGAGCAAGAACCCUGCUCCUCUCGCGCAAGGUCGUGUACACCCGCCUGGUGUCAAGCAGGCGCUCGAGAAGAAGGAAGGCUUGUUCAGAAAGCACAUGAUGGGUAAGCGUGUCAAUUUUGCUGCCCGAUCAGUCAUUUCGCCAGACGUCAACAUCGAGACCAACGAGAUUGGCGUACCACCCGUAUUCGCCCAAAAGCUCACCUACCCCGAGCCGGUCACGAUGCACAACGUAGCGCUCAUGCGGCAGCUCGUCAUCAAUGGUCCCGACACGUAUCCAGGUGCGGUAGCAGUGCGCGCCGAGGACGGCACCGAGACGCUUCUAGGCAGGCUCUCAGUGGAACAGCGCACCGCCUUGGCGAGCCAGCUCUUGACACCGCAGGGAAGCAUGUCACGUUCUGCCAAGGGCACCUUUGGCGGCCUUGGCACCGCAACCCGCACUCCCACUUCCAACAAGCAAGUCUUGCGCCAUCUGCGGGAUGGAGACGUUUUGCUUCUCAAUCGUCAGCCUACUCUGCACAAGCCGUCCAUGAUGGCGCACAAGGCUCGCGUGCUAAAGGGGGAGAGAACGAUCCGCAUGCACUACGCCAACUGCAACUCCUACAAUGCCGACUUUGAUGGUGACGAGAUGAACAUGCACUUUCCUCAAAGCCAAGCGGCUAGAGCCGAGUGCUACUUUGUCGCAAACACCGACAAUCAGUACCUGGUCCCUACGAGCGGCAAACCUCUGCGAGGCCUCAUUCAAGAUCACGUCGUUGCAGGCGUGUGGAUGACGUGCAAGGACACGCUGUAUACUCGCGAAGAGUAUCACCAGCUGCUGUAUGGCGCACUCCGGCCCGAAGACAAUUACACUGGCGAGGGUCGCAUCUCUACCCUCCCACCUGCAAUCGUUCGCCCCUCGCCCAGGUGGACCGGCAAGCAGAUCAUCUCCACAGUCAUGCUCAACCUCAAGCCGCCGGCUGCUGAAGGUUUAAGCCUGACUGGCAAAGCCAAAGUGGGUGGCAAAUACUGGGGCAAGGAUCACGCGGACGAACAGACCGUCAUUUUCGAAGACGGUGAGCUCUUGACUGGUGUGCUGGACAAGUCCGCGUUUGGUGCGACGGCAUACGGUCUUGUGCACGCAGUGUAUGAGAUUUACGGACCCUCAUACGCCGGCAAGCUCCUUAGCAUUCUGUCCCGUCUCUUUACCAAGUUCUUGCAGCACAAUGCCUUUUCAUGUCGGAUCGACGACUUGACAUUGUCCGAGCGCGGAGACAAGAAACGCCGCACGCUGCUGGACGAUGGUAGGGAUGACGGUCGAUCAGCUGCUUUGCGAAGCAUUGGUUUGGACGAGGAAGCCAAAGGCCGAUCCAAAGACGAUGCGGAUCUCGACUUUAAUAUGCGAGUCCGACUUGAAGAGGUGCUGCGUGACGACAACAAACUGGCAGCUCUAGACGCUGAAAUGAUGUCCGCAUCCAACAAGCUAGCAUCUGCAGUCAUCGACGCUUGCAUCCCGGAUGGCUUAGACAAGAUCUUUCCCCACAACAAUAUGCAAAUGAUGACAGUGUCGGGUGCAAAGGGCUCACCGGUGAACGUCUCGCAGAUCUCGUGUCUGCUCGGCGCGCAGGCCCUCGAAGGCCGCCGAGUACCCGUCAUGGUCAGCGGAAAGACGUUGCCUUCUUUCAAGCCUUUUGACACUUCCACGCGCGCUGGUGGUUUCGUCGCUGGUCGAUUCUUGACCGGCAUUCGUCCUCAAGAGUACUACUUUCACUGCAUGGCUGGUCGCGAGGGCUUGAUCGACACUGCGGUCAAGACGUCGCGUUCGGGAUACCUGCAGAGAUGUCUCAUCAAGCAUCUGGAAGGCAUUCACGUGCACUACGACAAUACUGUGCGAAACGCAGACGGCAGUGUGUUGCAAUUUCACUACGGAGAAGACUCGCUGGAUGUCACCAAGAGCAAGUACCUCAACGAGUUCGACUUUACACUUCGCAACUUUGCAUCCUUCCAGCAGCGCUACAAUCCCGCCUUGUUGGCCGGGUUGAUGAACGAGGACGACGCUCGUUCACACAUGAAGCAGGCUCUCAGGAAGCCGCACAAGUACCCGCCCGCUCUCAGCGUCUACGCCCCCAGCACACACAUCGGUGCAACGUCUGAAAAGUUUGCGCAAGAGCUGCGAGCCUUCAUUGAGAAGAACGCGUCCCACCUGCUGGAACCUCUGAAGGCCAAGAAAAAGAAGAAGCAUCGCCAGUCUGAGGCAGGAGGCGAUGAUGAAAUCGACGCGACAGCACCGUUCAUCGUCGAAAAAAUGCGUUCUUUGCGGAAAAAGACGGACCCCAACUACUUUACGACAAUGUGCCUCAUGCUCUACCACAAGGGUCUCGUCGACCCGGGAGAAGCCGUCGGUCUACUGGCUGCGCAAGGCGUCGGUGAGCCGUCCACACAAAUGACGCUCAAUACCUUUCACUUUGCUGGUCACGGCGCAGCCAACGUCACGCUUGGUAUUCCACGGCUGCGAGAGAUCGUCAUGACCGCGUCGCAGCACAUCAAGACGCCAAUCAUGCGUCUGCCGGUGCUCGAUCAGAUUACCGAAGCUGAUCAGAAAAUCUGGUGCAAAGAUGUAAGCAAGCUCGUAAUCAGUCAAGUCGUCGAUCAGGCGUCCGUCACCGAGCGCGUGACCGGCAAGACUGCAGCGACGGAUUUCCAGAGACGCAAGACCUACACGGUCCGAUUAGACUUGUUCCCGCCCCAAGAGUGUCUGGAGGAGUACAACGUCACGACGGAAGAGAUUCUCAGAGGACUUGAGCUGACUUUUGUGCCGUUGCUCGAAAAUGGCAUCAUGAGCGAAAUGAAGAGGUUGAGAAAGGAGGUUCUAGAGCAAGCAAAACAGAUCGGCGAAGGACACAAAUUUACGGAAGGGCCGGCGCGUGGGGAGGGUGUCGAUGAACCGGAUGAACCUGGAAGCAGCACUACCGUCGGGACUCGAAGCGCCGGCAAGCACAGCAACAAGGCAGAGAGCGCCAAGUCGGCGCGGAGCGAUGCUGAAGGUAACGACAGCGAAUCCGAGUCCGAUGCAGGAUCCGAGGCAGGCGGAGAUGGAGACGCAGACGAUGCGAAGCGAGCCUCGCGAUCGAAAGCUAAUGCGACAUACGACGAUGGCGAUUCCGACGAUGAGGCCAACUCUCGCGCUCACAGCCCCGACGACGAUGGUUCGUCGGACUCUGACGGUUCUCAGUCCGCAGCAAUGUACUCUGCGCUCGAGGAUGAAGACCCGGAAGAGGCUUUCGAGGCCGCAUACCGCAAGAGCAAGGAAAAGCAAGCCGAAGAGGCGCGCGAGGCUUCGCCAUCCGAGAACAAGUCGAUGCCAAAGGCGCCCGAGCUGAGCGAAGCGGAUCCGCUCGUGGGCGACGGCGAGGGUGUCGAGGAUCUUGUGCUUGCUCUGGAAAGUCGCUUGCAGGAAGGUAGCAGGUACCUCACCGAGUUCAAGUUCGACUACAUGGGCGCACGAUGGGCCGAAUUCGAGCUGUCACUGCCCACGCGCUCGCAAAAACUUCUCCUGAUCAACAUCGUUGAAAAGGCGUGCAAGACGAGCGUCAUUCACGAGAGUGAGUAGGUGUGCGUGCAAGCUCGAGAUUCUUGAUUGCUCACGGCGGCACGGCACCCUUGCAGUCUCCAACAUUCAGCGCGCCUUGAUACCCAUCGCACAGCCAGGUCAAGAGCCGGCCAUGACUGCAGAAGGCAUUGUGGGUACUUGUAGCACUUGACAGAAUGCGUCACGCCGUCGCUGACCCUGACUCUGACACGCUCUGCGCAGAAUUUUCCGGGUAUCUGGACGUCUGGCUUUGGUAUUGUGGCCCUGGACCGGAUCUAUACGAAUGACAUUGGCGCGCUUUUGCACACGUACGGUGUCGAGGCGGCCCGCGCCGCUAUUGUCGGCGAGAUGGCGGGCAUCUUCAAUGUAAGUCUUGCGGCGCGCUUUGCAAAAGCUUGGUGUUGACAAGGAUCGUGGUCCCUCGGCGCGCGCGCAGACAUAUGGCAUUGAUGUCUCGAUGAGGCAUCUGUACUUGAUCGCCGAUUACCAAACUGCCGCUGGUGGUUUCAGACCUUUCAGUCGGUGCGUGGGAUGGGGAUUGGUGCACUGCUCGUGAAGCGCCUGCUGACCUUUAUCCUUGUCUUGUGGCUUCAGUGGUGGUCUUGCGGACUCUUGCUCGCCUUUGCUAAAGGCCUCGUUCGAAAUGACGAUGGCUUUCCUUGGCGCCGCUGCGCUGCACGGAGAGACAGACGCGAUGGAUGGGCCGUCUGCCAACAUUGUUGUCGGUCGACCAGUCCAUACCGGCACCGGUGCCGCGCAUGUCCACCAUGCUAUCCCUGGCUCUUGCACCAUCUCCUCUGUCGCUUAG